UGUGGAGGGAGAAGUAGGGAGAGCGUAUGGUGAAAGGGGCGUACAUUUGAAAGCAAGCUAUGUCUAUCGCACAGGGAGGGAGAAGCUAUGAGGGAAUACGGUGUAUAGUUCCAACGGUUAUAGCGGCAUCUCCGUUACACGGUCACAGAAACAAAAAUACAGUCAAGAUACGUAGCGCUGUUGUGAUAGGAGGUCGAGUGUCAGGCUGACGCAGCCGCCGCAGUGGAACCUAACACGGCCAGCACUGCAGGCCUCAGAAGAAUGGAUUGAUAGGAGCCAUUUGAACUAAGGCCUGUCAGAGAGGAGCUUAUCAGAACUUUGCUCAGAGAAGCACCUCAGGGGCCAGCGGUUGCCAUGACGUCCCUUCUGAGUUUUUCCAUGCUGUUGGCCCUUAUGUGGCCAAUAGUGGCACAGGAUUCCUUAAGACCCUCCCAAGCCCCGGCCCUAGGCACAGAACCCCUCAAACCCACGCAACAGGCCGUGCUUUCCACACAUGCCAUUGGGCUGACACAUGUGCCAUUUAAACACUCCACUCGGAGACAGACUGAGUCACAGACAAUGAAGGGCACAGCUUCCCCAGAGUCUGUGGAUAAAGACUCUCUAUUUGUAGGAACUCAGUCGCUCCAGCAAAAUGGUGGACCUAUAGGAGGUGCAGACACAGAUGUGUCUCACACAAAGACCACACUGGCUUCCAGUUCAGCUGGACCUUUGUCCACGGGAGCCAGAGGUGGACUCCCCUCAAGUCUCCAUCCUGCCACUGAGCCUUGGACACCAGGAUCAUCAUCACUCAGGGAGGAGGCAGUUGGACUAACUGAGUCCAGUCAGAGUGCAGUCCAUAGUACCACUCAGGUGUCCGCGAAGUUGGAACCGGUGGUCACCGAGGGACCAAUCCAAUCGCCCACAGAAGGAGCCUCGCCGCCGGCUGGAUCAGGUGAUCAGGACAUUCCAGUUUCCAAGACGACGCCGGACGGUUCACCAGUCACUGUGACCAUAAGCCCACUCCCACCUAGGAAGCUAACAAGCACUAGCACCACACUGACCAAAAUGGCGGAGGCGCAGCCCCGACCCACUGCUAGCAUCAUACUGCGGCCCGUCCCCACACCAGGCAGACCAGUUAAGACAUCUCCACCACCCACAGACUCCCAGAGUGACUGGGAGAGUUCAACUGCUGCAGUGACAACAACAGCAGUUAGCACUGCGGGGUUUCAACCAGCUGCUGACACAGGGUUAAGGAAUAGCACUCAUCGAACCCAGUCAGCAGGAAGCACAAAUGCUCCAGUUGGGGCAACUCCUGCCCUGACCAGCACUGCCACUCCCCCUGACAGCACAACACUGAAGGAUACCUUUACAGCAACCACCAGUCAUCUAGCCAAGGAGGCCGUGCCCAGAGGACCAACAGUUAAUAGGACUCAUAUCAUACGUCUUACAUUUCCUAACCUAACCUUAACCACUGGAAAUGGGAAACGGACUAGGACAGGAGUGAUCUCUCCAUCCAGUCUCAUUCCCACCACUCCUGGACCUGGAGCUGUGGGCAGAGAUGGGAAGAAGAGGAGCGGCUCCAGCUCGAUGGCGCUCAUCCCUCCCCCGGUGUGGCGGCCCAGCCCCUCAACCUCCUCCUCCGUAGCCCCGUGCGUGGAGGGGACCAAGGGCUGCGUGGUCCCUAAGAGCCGUGAGGUGAUGGACGAGCCCCUCGGCCCCAACGGCACGUCUCUGGACUGGGCCGACCUGAGCCGCACGCUCUCCUUCGCCUGGGAGCUCCACGUGUUCGGUUCGGCCGCGCUCUUCCUUCUCCUGGCCGCAGGGGGUGCCCUUGGCCUGGCGCUGUCCCCGGCCGCCAGCUGCCCGUCGCGGGGGGCCCUGGUGCUCUCCAACGGGUUCCUGCUCCUGGUAGGGGCGCUGCGCGGCGCCCACUUCCUCCUGGACCCGUACGGCUCGCGGCGGCUGCUACCGCAGGCCGCCGUCGCGGCGCUGGUCACUCUGCCGCUGCCGCUGCUGCUGUGGGCGCAGGCGGCGCUGGCGGCACUGGUGGUGCGCGGCGCCGGGCUGGAGCUGGAGCUGGUGCCGCCGACGCUGCUGCGGCCGCCCCUGCUGGCCGUGCUGGCCGUGCUGCAGUGCACGCUGCUGCUGGCGGGCGACCUGCUGUCGCCAGCGCUCUCGCCCGCCGUGCCCAUGGUGCUGCAGAGCCUCACCCUGCUGGCGGGCCUGGUGCUCUGCCUGGGCUUCCUGUGCCUGGUGCUGCCGCGGCUGGCGUGUGCCCAACAGGAGGAGCAGCAGAGGGGCAAGGCGGGCGGGCGGUGGCUGUGGCGCGCGCUGGGCCGCGUGCUGGCGGUGUGCUCCCUGCUGGGGGCGCUGUGCUGCCUGCUGCACAUACACGCCUGCUUGUGGAUCUACGGCAUGCUGGGCGACUGGCGGCACUUCAGCUGGGCCUGGUGGCUCAACAUGUUCUGGGCGCGGAUGCUGGAGCUGGCCUGGGCCUUCUGCCUGCUGCUCAUAGCGUCCUGGCUGUUCUGGAGGCCCCGCGGAGGGGCAAGGGGGUCUACCGCAGGGGCGGCGGGAGGGGCCGGAGCGAACGGCGGAGCCGGCGAGAUCUCCUCCCCCUGCCAGACGGCGGCCAUCUCCCACCCGCACACGUGCUGGGCGAAGAUCGUGCAAAGCCUCAAAGGGCGUCCGGGGAGGAAGUCGGAGAGCGCAGGGGCGGGAGCCAACGGGGCGGGCGGGUCGGGUGGAGGAGCGGUGGCCGGCGAGCUCCCGAACAACUGGGCCGGACAGGAGCGCUCUGGCGCCGACAUCAGCAAGAGCCUGAUCCGCAACCGCGAGCCCAAGGACAGCAACCGCUCCCGGCAGCAGGGAUCCGGAGGAGGGUCACUGCUGCGGCUGCAGGCUCUGACCCGCACCCCUGCCCGCUCUCUCAGCUCCAGCUUGGACCGCGACAAGGAGUCGUCCGUGUCGCUCUGCGACUUCGACCUGCGCCCGCCCUCGCCCAUCGACCUGAGCCGCAGCAUUGACGAGGCGCUGCACCGCGAGCACCUGCUGCAUGGGGGCAGUCUCUUCCGACCGCUGCGGCCACCGUCGCCCUCGCCCUCCCCAGAGCCACCCUCUCCGGGACCCUGGCUGCGCCGCAACAGUGACCCCCAGCUCACGCUGUCGGACAGCAGUGGCACGGUGCUCACCGAGUCCUCCGAGGCGCUGGACCGCGUAGUGGACAGUGCCGUGCCCAGCAGGCAGGUCACAGCGCCGCCGACCCCCACGCACCAGGGCCCACGCUGGGUAGUGGAGCAGCAGGUGCCCUCAUCACUGUCCUGCCCCGUGUCGCUGCGUCCGUCCUGCAAUAGCCUGGACCGCCUCACCCCAGCCGGCGAGGACACGCGACCUUUCCUGACCCCUGAUUUGGACAGAACCGGCUCGGAACUGGACAGCUCGGCCGGCAAGCAGUUUUUAAAGGUCAGCCGCCAGGAUGACUCAGCGAGCGUGAGCAGUGAUAUCAUUGACUUGUGAUGGUGCUGGUCUGACCGCCGGCUGUAGAAGUCAGCCAGAAGGUCACCCAGAGGUCACAACAGGACACUCUGGGACCCGCAUGCCGACAGGACACACUCUAUGAGAAUCAGAUGUGUGCACGUGUGCAUAUGAUGAUAACAAUGGCUGGUAGGGUAUAGCCAUGCUAAAAAGCAAGCUGGCAGAAAGAGUACCACACAUGACUUGCAAAGCUUGUGUAUGUAAGUGUACGUGUGUGUGUGUGUGUGUGUGUGCUUGUACACACACACGCACACAAACACACAUUUGUAUGCGCGUGUGUGCUUGUGUGUAUGCUUGUGCUUGUGUGUGCAUGCACGUGUGCAUAUGAUGAUAACAAUGAUCAAUGUUAUAAAGGAUGGCAUACAUUUCACAUUCAUCAUUCACAUCUCGCAGACAGUUUAUGGAUUAUGUUAGUGUUAGUACAUUUCAGACAUGUUUAUGUAUGUGAUGAUCUGUUUUUAUCUGAUGGCCCAUGCACUCCUGUGAACUCAGUGAUGUGUUUUGUGAAACUGUUGGCUGUGUACUCGCCACUGUCUACAACCUCUCAACCUUUUUGUGUUUAGUAAACAUGUGCCAUCUAUGACAGUCGUAAGGCAAAGCCUGGCUGCUUACUUGACCAGUGUUAUGGUAAUCUGUUGGGCUCACAGCCAACUGCUGUUCUCCAAACACUAGCUGAACUGUGAGGCUAAAUUGGAAAAAAAAAACAUCUUCAAUAUAACCCAGCCUAAAGGCGGUCCUAUGUUAACACAAAACUGAUGUUUAUUUGUUGUGUCUUAUAAAUCAUAUAUUCUCCAUUAACCAACCAGAAUGCUGUAAGAAAAUGAGGGAUCGCAAUUGAUUGCAAUAUUUGCAUCAAUAUAAAUCACUAUGUGAUACUUUUGAAUCUAUUCUUGUUUCUUUUAGUGCUUCACCGUCAACAAUUUCUGUAGUUUUGUGACUUGACAUCGUGACUUUGGUCUUGAUGUAUUAUGUGUUUUCUUGAGGUAUUUGACCCAGCAUGACAAAACAUUAUGUCUUAAUUGUUCUGAAUUUUGUAAGUUAAUUUCUCUCACUGAUUGUUUUUUUCCAAAUGAGUGAUUCCAAGUUACUGGUGCUGGAGGCAGUGAACUGUAGUUCGAGCCCAAACUGUACUUCCAGUGUGGUGUUAGUCAUAUCCAGACAUUACCACAAUAAUCAGUUCUCUCCAAGGAUACACAUACAGGCAUAUACAAUACACAUAUACAUAUGUAACAUAAACUCUUUUGUAAAUACUUAAAUACGCCUAUUUUUGUGUCUGUAAAUAAAAUGAUAUAUAUAUUUAGAGAAAAGAUUGAAGAUAGUGAUAUGUUUGUGACAGUUGAUGAACUCAUGCUGUUGAUCUAAUGUGAUGGGAGACACAGACUCGCACAUACAGACAGACAAACUGUACACAAGGUUCAACCUGGAGAUCUCACUUUGAAGGAUCAGAAAACUAACCGUUUUAACAUUACAGAAUGUCUCAUAAACAAAAGGCUUCAAUACUAGACAGAUACGAACUCUUCAUAACGUAUAACUGUUUUAUUCUCCCCCCGUAAAGCAUGUUUCCUACAGAUGGUCUAAAAUAUCAUUAAUUGUGAGAAAGGACCGUUUCAAGCACAAAAGUACAGUAGGCAUACAUGUGUUAUCCAAGUCAAAUCAACAUUAUUGUGCAACAAGGUCAGCUGUUUCCUGUUUCCCCACAUCUCCUCACCUCCUUCUGUAUGGCCGGGGUCUGUUGAUGUGGUACAGACACUGUCAAUGCCACUGUCUGCUGUUUCUAUCCAUUUAAAUGACCCACUCAGGUACCAGUUGAUAAGUAACAAGUUGUCAGUGUUGACAGUAGUGUUAUUUUGCAGUUGUUGUGAUUUCUGUGACCAUGUCAUAAUGAUUUCUGUGGGGACACAUGAGACAUUUGUGACUUGUGAGAAUGAGUAAUCAUGCCGAUAAGAGGUGUGCCACUUGCUACUGUGGGUCCUUUGUGUCCAAAUGUUUCUCUGAGCAGGAGUCAUAUAAUUGCUCAACAAUAAAAAUUUCCCCAAUCUCUCA